AUGAGCUUCCAAUCAUUCCCCCGCCUCGGCCUUGCACCACGCCAAUUUGACCGUGGACCACUUGAACACAAGGAAAACGUAGCAUUCGUCGAUGUCCGGGGAGUUAGAAAGGACGGCUGCUGUUAUGCAAUCCCUGUUGGCUCGCAGAGGCAGGGGAGGGAAGGGGACACGGUGGAUUUGGUGAUGGGAUUAAGGAGGUAG